AUACUAAUUUUUGUCAUGUUAAUUGAACCCCCUAACUAUAAAUAUAAGUAGGUGGAUUACCAGAUUUCAAGCUGUGAGUCGUUCUAGUCUGCGCCAACAAAUUCUCUCAGUCUCAUCUCCAAUCCGCUUUCGUUCAAACAGUUAAUAGGAAAAUGGCGAGGAAGAAGAUCAGAGAGUACGACUCCAAGAGACUGUUGAAGGAGCAUUUCAAGAGGAUUUCUGGAUCCGAUUUGGAAAUCAAAUCUGCUCAGGUGACUGAGUCUACUGAUUUUAAUCAACUAGUAGACAAAGAGCCAUGGCUUUCAUCUACAAGAUUGGUUGUCAAACCUGAUAUGCUGUUUGGGAAACGUGGUAAAAGUGGUCUUGUUGCUUUGAACCUAGAUUUGGCCGGAGUUGCUGCUUUUGUGAAAGAGCGACUUGGCAAAGAGGUAGAGAUGGGAGGCUGCAAAGGACCCAUUACUACAUUUAUUGUUGAACCAUUUAUUCCUCACAAUGAGGAAUUCUACCUAAACAUUGUCUCUGAUAGGCUUGGUUGUAGCAUUAGCUUUUCAGAAUGCGGAGGAAUUGAUAUUGAAGAGAACUGGGACAAGGUCAAAACUAUAUUUGUCCCAACAGGUGCAUCCUUUACAGUAGAGCUAUGUGCUCCACUCGUGGCGACACUUCCCUUAGAGGUCAAACCUGUAAUUGAGGAGUUCAUCUCAUUUGUAUAUGCUCUAUUUUUAGAUUUGGACUUCACUUUCCUUGAGAUGAACCCUUUCACCUUGGUUAACGGAAAGCCUUAUCCUUUGGAUAUGAGAGGCGAGCUUGACGAUACUGCUGCUUUCAAGAACUUCAAAAAAUGGGGAAAUAUUGAAUUCCCGUUGCCUUUCGGAAGAGUUAUGAGUCCAACAGAGAGCUUUAUUCAUGGACUUGAUGAGAAGACAAGUGCAUCAUUGAAGUUCACUGUCUUGAACCCCAAAGGGAGAAUCUGGACCAUGGUUGCUGGAGGAGGUGCAAGUGUCAUCUAUGCUGAUACUGUUGGAGAUCUUGGUUUUGCUUCUGAGCUUGGGAACUAUGCGGAAUACAGUGGUGCUCCCAACGAGGAGGAAGUCUUGCAGUAUGCCCGAGUAGUGAUUGAUUGUGCAACUGCAGAACCUGAUGGCAGAAAGAGAGCCCUCGUGAUAGGUGGUGGAAUAGCUAACUUCACUGAUGUUGCUGCCACAUUCAGUGGCAUCAUCCGUGCUCUAAGAGAAAAGGAAGCAAAACUCAAGGCUGCCAGAAUGAGCUUGUAUGUCCGAAGAGGAGGGCCUAAUUACCAGAAGGGACUUGAGAAAAUGAGGAUUCUUGCUGAAGAAAUCGGCCUUCCUAUUGAGGUUUAUGGACCCGAGGCAACCAUGACUGGAAUCUGCAAACAGGCUAUUGAAUGCAUCAGUGCAGCUGCUUGAAGAUGCUAUAAUCCUCAAUUUCAACUCUUUUAUCUGUCUUUUUCUUUUAAGUUUAACCAAUCAUUUUGGAUUGCGUUUCUUCACUGUUUCGUAAAUGGGUCUCAGAAAUUGGUCUGUAUGCCCUUAUCCAGUAAUAUUGUGAGUUAGAAGGUCAAGGAUUUAUUAUGAAUGGUGAAGCACCUCUCAAUUUACUUAUCCCAAUAAAAUGCUGUAUGAAAUUGCAAUGA